CCAUCAAUACACUUACUCAGGGGCUAUUAAAUUUUUCCCCAAAAUGACGGACAAGGAAGACAACGGCCUUUCAGAGCCCUCGACAAUGGCUGAGCCUGACAACCCUCCCCACCACCAAGAACCACCGCAGGAGGCCAAGAAACCGGACAAGAUCAAUGUUGCAUUCAGCAUUUGGCCGCCCACGCAGCGGACUCGCGAUGCUGUUAUCAACCGCCUCAUCGAAACCCUAACCACUCCUUCCGUCCUCGCCAAGCGCUACGGAACCUUGCCCGCCGAUGAGGCCUCCACCACCGCCCGCCUCGUUGAGGAGGAGGCCUACGCCGCUGCCGGUGGAUCCCCCAACGCCGAUGACGAAGGCAUCGAGAUUCUCCAAGUGUAUUCAAGGGAGAUCAGCAAGCGGAUGCUCGAGGCCGUGAAAACCAGGGCUGCUUCUGGUUCUACAGCGGAUGAUGCACCGCAGAGUCCUGUUGCCGCCUCUGUUGCGGCCUCCACCAUCAGUGAGGAAAUCUCAUCCGUUAAAACUGAAUCUGUCUAGGGUUUGAAUUUAUCAUGUCUUAGGGUUUCGUUUCUCGGACUUAGACUAUUCGAUCGUGAGAUCUGUUUGUACUAGCUGUGGAUGUCUGAUGGUUAUAUCAUAAUUAUAUGAUUAUCCUGCUUUUUUCGAGGUCUUAUUAUUUUUAUUAUAGUAAUGCGCUUCGGAUUUUGGAUUUAUUUAAUCUAAUUUCCCUUUUGGGUCUUUGAUGAA